ACACAAAAAAAAAAAUUGCAAUGUCUUGCAUUGUGUAUUUAAAAAUGGCAACACCGAUCCCAGACUUGAGUGCGCCGGCUUUGCACGUGAACGUGUCGCGAAAAUCUUUAUAAAUUAGUGAAAUCACUAUGUCGGACGAAUAUUUCUAUGGUGUCACCCUAUCUUCCACACAUCAGUCAGAAACAUGGGACCCAGAAGCGAAAGGCGACUACCCACGGAGUAAUAAGCUUCUGAUACGCCAAGCACUCCUUGGCCCAGAUGCAAAAGCAGAUGAAUUAAAUGUAGUACAGGUGGAGACAAUGUGUCUUCAGGAGUCUAUCAAAAUUCCAGUGGCCAUCCUUAAAGUGGGUGAGACGCGGCAAGUUCGCUUACACAUCGAGUUCCCAGAUGCACCUGUAACUUUCACACUCAUACAGGGUUCAGGGCCAGUGCACUUGAUCGGCCAGCAUUUGCUUGGUGCACUGGUGGAGGAGUUCGAAGAUAUGGAGGAGAUGGAAGAGGAAAUGCUAGAUGAAGAAGAAGGUGAAGACUCUCAGUUUAAGGAAGAUGAGAAUAAAAGGAAACCAACACCUGGCAAGCGCAAGACGAAUGAGGACGAGGAUGAUGAAGAGGGCGAGCCCAAGGGUAAGAAAUCGAAAAUGUCAAAUAACGCUAAAGGCAAAGCCCCAUCGCCCAAGAAGAACGCCAAGAAGUGAGCCGCCAGCGCCGGCCCUCGCCCCCAGCCCCUCUGAUAGACCAAUUCCGUAAAGACUGACACUAAACACUUGGUUUUGUCUCCAUUGUAGGUAAUCCGCGCUCGAGUAUUAUUUAUAAAGGAAUCGCGUUUAGUUUGCCGCUCAGACUGAAGGGUUAAGAUAGACCUUUUUAGAGCCAAGCUUUGAAAUUACAUGCUUUCUUAUGGUCGUGUAUUUCUAAAAGUACGUACCUGAUGUACGUAUUAUUUCUUCGAAUUAUUAUUUCGAACCUGCUCUGGCUAUCACCGCUGGAGUGCCUUGCCAAUUCGACUGUACAGGUUCGCAUAAUCAUUGAUGUCGAAAUCCAUGACGAGAGUAACUUAUAAAACUUAGAAAUUUACUGAAGUUAUUUAGUGAAGGUUUCACAGUAAUCCUAACAAAAAAAUGGUAUAACAUGUUUGGUCGGUUAAAGAGCACUCACUAGAUGCAUGGAGAGUUGUAGACCGUAAAAAUAAAAAAAUUACAUAUCAUUUCAUUUUGGCCCGGACCAUCCGGCGAGUUGUUGCCUUGACACUUCCGGCGUUAACCAAAUAGACGUGGAAUCGAUACCGGACGACUCCGCCAUUUUUGAUGUGCAAAAAAGAUAUAACACUUACAACUAAAAAAAAUAAUAAUCUAAUAAUUACCAGUAGAUAUUAACGUUUCUAAUCAAACAACUUUAAGACCAAUAGAAAAGUUAGCGUCGUACUACUCUAGGCAAGCAAUGUAAUCCUGAAUGUAAGUAGUUAAGCUUCCUUAGUCUAAAAAAGAGUUACAGCUAAAUAUGUCCAGUAUUAAACAACCAUCAAUGUCUAGUCUAGAUACAAAUAAAUUUUGAUAACUUGUUUGUAUGUAUGCCAUUAAUAAUAUCACUUCAUUAAUAAAUUUAAACGCAGGCAAUAUUGAAUCUCAAAAUCGUGAUUAUUCUUGGUGGCUCAUGUGUCAGACUUGUACACUACACCAUUUUCUGCAGUGCUGCAAUUACAUGUACUAUGAAAUAGAAAUACAUAAGUUUUAAUUUCCAAUUGACGUCUCAUAAAUAUACAGUACGAAGCUAAGUAAGGAUCUAGAUAUUUGGCACAUUAUAAUAUGGUAAACUACUGAAAUCUUAAAGAAGUUAUUUCAAUAGCUAAUGUCUGCUCAGUAUAUUAACUAAACAUCCAGAAUGUAAUUUGUUAAAGCGGAAGCUAUUUAAAACUAAAUAGUAUGCUUAUUUGCGUGGUCUUAUCUUUUCCCUUGCUCUAGUAAGCUGCAACUGGACAGGUCAGCCACUUCGGUGCGAGUGGGCCAGGGGGGGCACCUUAGUUGUAACUACAUAGCGUGGUAAUUCAAUCUAGGUUAGCAUUGUAUCGACUCUGUGCGUGAUUGGACGUGUGCGUAUGUUGGCGUUACCGGUCGAGGUAUCUACAAAAUGUUCUGAUCCUGUAGUUACUUCAGCGCUCGUGAGUGUUUUUCCAGCGUUGUUGUCCAACGCGAACGAUGCCAAGUAGAACUGACUUGCCCCAUUCCUGGGAAAUUCUUCGAACAAAACGUGACAUGACAGGGCUCUGCGUCUUUCAUUUUCAUAGUAUUGGAAAGUCUCGGAGAAAAGAAGUCAAAAUCCUAAAAACAGACUACUCUGCUUGUCAAUAAUUGUUCAAGUUAUUUUUCUCGUCUUCAACUUUCAAAUGCAAAAUUACCAAUGACAGAAAAACCAGUAUACGUUUAUUUUAACAAAAAAAAGAAACUAUGAUACGUUGCUGCGAGAAAGUAGCCCAUUUAUUAGGGGUAUUUUUCGAGACCACUUAAGUAGGCGGCUAGCUUGGCUUCGUUCCCUGUGGAUAUAUAACUGCUUUUAGGUAAUUGCGAGUCACUGGAGUUGGCGUAAAUGAGACAUUGUAUGGUCAACUGUUUGACAAUGCCAUACAACAACUGCACCGAACUUGUACGCUUUACGAUAUUCGCAAUCGUUACAUACUGGCUAGUAUUAGUUGCGUGCAGAUUUACGCUAUCUAGUGAUGCGCUUAUUACAUAAGAAUUGACAUUCGGGCCCAGUACGAGUGAUUUCUUUAAAAUCUGUUUUUCUGAAAUUAUUUUUUCAUUCCUUACUGUGGUAUAGUGUUAUUAAUGUCAAAUUUAAUAAAAUAAGUGAUCACACAGAUGUAUUUUUAAGUUAAGGACGUAAGUGUAAUCAGUGUAUGUUUAGACAUUGAUCGUUUUUUGUAUUUUGUAAUGAGUAGCUGCAGGUAUCCCACGUAACGAUUUCUCAUUUCAGAAUGAAACCGAUUAAACUAUUAUAGUUUGUUUGUACAUAUACAUAUAAAAACAUAAGAACCGUAAUAAUAAAACCAUUUCUAAACAUUCA